UUUUUCGCGUUGCCUUGUAUUACUUCAAAGCUUCAAGAACCAUAUUUCUUUCUCGUCUUUUGGAGUAAAAUUAAUGGAAGAACAAGGGCAAGACCCUAACAGUCCAAGCCAAGGGUCGGAGCGAAACGAACCAGUCAGGUCAAGGUGGACUCCAAAGCCAGAGCAAAUCCUAAUACUGGAGUCUAUCUUCAACAGUGGAAUGGUUAAUCCUCCCAGAGAUGAGACGGUGAGAAUAAGAAAACUGCUUGAGAAAUUCGGUUCAGUUGGCGAUGCAAACGUUUUCUACUGGUUCCAGAACCGCCGGUCAAGAUCUCGCCGCCGACAACGCCAGAUGCAGGCCAGCCUUGAACAGAGAAAUCAAGCAAAAGUAGCAAGUAGUGCAACUCAAUUCGAGAGUACUAGCUCCGCUUUGGGUUUCGGGCCCUUAUUAUCAUCACCUUCUUUUGCCUCCUCUCCAUCUUAUCACGUUGGUUCCUCGUCUUCAUGUGGAGUUCUGGGCAACGAUGGCGUUGAUCACUCUCACUUUUCUCUCUCUGGUCAAAUGGGUUUCCCGGAAAUCGAGCAGGGCUCGGCCGUAACGCCUGCAGGUUUAUGCCCUUCGGAUGCUUCAGAUUUGCAAUACCAAACUGGAUUAAUUACAGUGUUUAUCAAUGGGGUUCCUACUGAAGUUCCAAAGGGGCCACUUGAUAUCAAGGCAAUGUUUGAUCAAGACGUAGUGUUGGUCCAUUGCUCCGGAGUGCCGGUUGCUGUCAAUGAAUUUGGCUUCUUAAUGCAGGGCCUGCAGCAUGGUGAAAGCUAUUUCCUGGUUUCAAGACAAACAUAAGAAAUAAAGCUGCGCCAACCAGUACUGGAAGCUUGGCAAGAUGUGUUUCCCCCCACCCCCUCUCUAUUUCUUUUCUUUCUGCUCGUAGCUAGACUUUGUCUAGGCGGUUCCAGGGAUACCUAUAAUUUAAAAAUAAUAUUUUAUGAUUAUUAGAGACCAAUUUUAUUAUAUGCUAUUAUGUUCUAUUUGUUCUUAUAAGUCAGUUCUGGACUUCGGUUAAAUCUGUCAUUCUAUUUCUUCUUCUUGUUUUUUGUUAGCCUAGCUGUACCAGAAGCUUCAAUAAAAGAAUAUGCAUUUUCUGAAAAUUAACUCAUUACUAAUCCCAGAAAAGCAAUUAAUCUUGCUUGCUCAAUAAAAAGGUUCCCACAAAAAAAUAAUGCCAUAUAUAUAGUACUUGGUAUUUAUGGCGCUCCCUAACAUUUCCUUUUCCUCAUGUAAUUUCAUAUAUAUUUAUAUAUAUGCGCAUUUCCCGUGUUCAAAUAAAUUCUUAUUCACUUUUGAUGCCUUAGUCAUG